AUGCUUGACGAAGAUUUAAAUAAUGGUAAAAGGCGACGAGUGGCCAGGGCUUGCGAUAGUUGCAGAAGGAAAAAAGUUCGCUGUGAUGGUGUCCAGCCCGCAUCCGAUCCACCGUCCUGUACUAAUUGCAAAAUAUAUGGACAAGAAUGUUCUUUUAUCGAUGCGCCCAAAAAAAGAGGACCACCAAAGGGUUACGUUGACGCAUUAGAAACAAGACUUCAACGAAUAGAGUCAGUCAUCAAUGGAUUAGUGCAAUCAGGAAGAUUGCACGAAAGUACGGUUCGCUCAGCCCUCUCGCAGGCUAGUGAAUCCUCUCGGGGAUUACAGAAGUCACCAUUGCCAGCACCUGAUGCACAACCUGUAUCUAAGUCGUUAUCAUCAUCUGAUGUGCAACUCACGUCUUUAGAAAAUUCACCUUAUGCCAGUAGCAGCGAAGAAGAAUUCACCAGUGAUAGCAAUGGAUCUCAAAGUGAUGUGAACGAGUAUGAUCAACUUGCAACAGAUGAAAGAGGUAAUAUGAAAUAUAUAGGAAAAAGUUCGGGUGCCUAUGUAUUUACCAAAAAGAUUGUCAGUCGCCAUAUCAUCGUUUGUGAUGAUCUCAAGCCUCCGAAAAGAUUAGCAGACAAGAGAAUUCUCUCGGAACUUCCAUCAAGAAAAUUAUGCGAUCAAAUGUUAGAUAUGUAUUGGAAAAAAUAUUCCUUUCAUCCUCCUCUCAUCGAUAAGCAGGAUUUCAUGGAAAAGUACAAUAAUAUGGACGCAAGUUAUGAUCAUAUUAUACUACUCUACGCCAUCCUCUCUACUGUUUCUAUGAUGGUCGACGAUAACGCCGAUAUUUCUUCCGCUUCAGGCAUAAAUUUUUAUAGUCGUACGUAUGAAUUGCUCAAGGAGGAAUUUGAUUAUUCAACCUUGUCCAUCAUUCAAGCAUUAUUGUUGUUGUCCUGGCAUCAUAAAGAACGGCUCAAUUCACAAACCUGGAUAUUUACUGGGUUGGCCAUUCGCCUCGCGCAAGAUAUGGGGUUACAUCGCGAAUCUUUAAAUGAAAAUUUUAACGAAAGGGAAGCAGAAGUUAGGAGACGCGUGUGGUGGACAUGCGUUACAUUCGAUAGUUUUUUAAGCAUCGCUUUAGGUCGACCACUCGCUAUUAAUGAAGAGGAUCACGACGUACGCUAUCCAGAACCCGGAAAGCUACUUAACGACCUACCAGAUUCUGUCGAAUUAUUUAUUCAAUACAUCAAAGUUAGUUUGACCAUUUCUCAAAUAUCUCGGAGAGUUUAUGGUGCAAACUCCAAGCGAACGGAAUCGACUUUGGUAAGACUGGAUGCAGAACUUAAUAAAUGGCAUGAUAACAUCCCGCCUCGGUUUCUAUACGAUCGUCAAAAAAAAGUAUCGGAAGAUGCCUCAUGCAUCAUGGCUUUGUUCAUUAAUUUGAUAUAUCACACAAUUCAAAUUAUUCUACAUCGCCCAUAUAUUCGUUGUCCAAAAUCAAGAACUCCGCCUUCAUCUAUUCCGUCGCUUACCAUAUGCACUGUGGCUGCAAGCAACAUCACCCAUAUCAUGUAUCGCGUAAUGAAAGAGAGAACCGGAACCUUUAAUUACAAGUGGAAAUUCAUGGAGUUCACUUUCUUUACUGCAGUGACAAUGCAUAUCAUAAAUGCUCUGAGUGACGAUGAAAGAUUCAGAGAAGUAGCGAAACAGGGAUUGAGGAUGAGCAUAAAAUGCGUGGAAUUUAUGAAGCCUGACGCGAAAAGGGCAGCAAGAUUUUUGCAAAUAUUGAAUAAUCUGUUGAAGAUUAAAAAUGGCAAUUUCGAUAAAAUGAACCAAAAACCAAGCACUGGUGCCAGUAAUGAUGAAAUGAAUUACGAAUUUAUAUACUCUUCCGGAUCAACGCCGUUCGUUCCAUCGAUGCAAUUCGAUGAAUCUAGCGAAUUUAACGAAUUGUUUUCUCCUCCAAAUACCAACGCAUUCAUCCCAGAGAUCUCGUCAUUAUUGUUUGAAAAUGUGAACAAUAAUUAUAAUUUAUCGAUUCCGCAUACCGUUGACUGGGCGGAAUGGUCAAAUUGGACUGAAUAUAUAAUGAAAUUGCAAGCUUCCAAGAAUAAUCAAUAA